AUGCAGGAGCUAGGAAUGGUCCGAGACAACUUGCACCGCUACAUUGUGCCUGUAACUGGCGGAACACUCAACGGCUCUGGGAUGGACUUUCACAUUUCAGGCCCUGGCAACGAUUGGAUUCUGCUAGAUACCAUCUCUGGCAUAGCACACCUUGACGUUCGCACUCAAGCUCAAACAGCGGAAGGAAAGUCAGUUUCUAUUCGGUUUCCAGGCACCGUGAAGAUGGAUGAGGAUGUGGCUCUUAUAUUGCGAUUUGAUCCAAAGGCGAAAUCUACCAACCCCGGGGAUCACUAUUUUUGGACAACGCCUACAUUUGAGACCAGUGAACAGUCAUUUCAAUGGAUGGAACAGCAUUGCUUUUUGGGCAUAGGUUAUUUUAAUGUUCAAAAGAGUAAGAUGACUAUUGUCUAUGACAUAUACAAGCUACUCUGA